AUGCUGUCCACUCUCCGAGUUGCCAGCCGCCGGGCUGCCCGUCCUGCUCAGUUCAACCUGGUUGCCAUUCGCGCUGCCUCUCACUGGGCCAACGUUCCUCAAGGUCCUCCUGCCAUUCUUGGUAUCACUGAAGCCUUCAAGGCCGACAAGAACAGCAAGAAGAUCAACCUGGGUGUCGGUGCCUACCGUGACGAUGCUGGCAAGCCCUACGUUCUUCCCUCUGUUCGUGAGGCUGAGCUCAAGGUCGUCGAUGCCAAGUUGAACAAGGAGUACGCCGGAAUCACUGGUGUUCCCGAGUUCCCUCCCGCCGCCGCCAAGCUGGCCUACGGCCCUAACAACCCCGCCCUUGACCGCAUCACCAUCACCCAGACCAUCUCUGGUACCGGUGCCCUCCGUGUCGGUGCUGCUUUCCUCCAGAAGUUCUUCCCUGGCGAGAAGAAGAUCUACAUCCCUACCCCCUCGUGGGCUAAUCACAAGGCCGUCUUCAACCAUGCCGGUCUUGAGGUCGAGCAGUACCGCUACUACGACAAGAAGACCAUCGGCCUUGACUUUGAGGGUCUGAUUGCUGACGUCAAGGGUGCCCCCAACGGCAGUGUCUUCCUCUUCCACGCUUGCGCUCACAACCCUACCGGUGUUGACCCUACCCAAGAGCAGUGGAAGCAGAUCUCUGACGUCGUCAAGGAGAAGGGCCACUUCGCCUUCUUCGAUAUGGCUUACCAGGGCUUUGCCAGCGGUGACACCGACAAGGAUGCCUUCGCUGUCCGCUACUUCGUUGAGCAGGGCCACAACAUUGCCCUGUGCCAGUCUUUUGCCAAGAACAUGGGUCUCUAUGGUGAGCGUAUUGGUGCCUUCUCCCUCGUCUGUGCCGAUGCCGAGGAGAAGAAGCGUGUCGACUCUCAGCUCAAGAUCAUCAUCCGACCUCUGUACUCCAACCCUCCCAUCCACGGUGCCCGCAUCGCCUCCGAGAUCCUCAACAGCCCUACUCUCUACAAGCAGUGGCUCGGUGAGGUAAAGCAGAUGGCUGACCGCAUCAUCACCAUGCGUGCCCUCCUCAAGGAGAACCUUGAGAAGCUCGGCUCCAAGCACGACUGGUCUCACAUCACCAGCCAGAUCGGCAUGUUUGCCUACACCGGACUGACUGCUGAUGAGAUGACUCGCCUCGCUGAGGAGUUCUCCGUCUACGCUACCAAGGACGGCCGUAUCUCUGUUGCCGGUAUCACUUCUGAGAACGUUGGUCGUCUUGCUGAGGCCAUCUACAAGGUCAAGGGUUAAAUACGAAAUGACUAGAGCAUGAAAUGAGAAGGAUGUGCACCCAGUGAUCACAUUGCUUUGAAAAGCGAUUUCUUGGAUGCCAAAAAGACAGCUACGACCAUGAAAGCUGUUGGGGCAGAUGGAUUUGAAAAUACCCCGAGUCUAGGGUCCAAGUCUAGUAUGGACUUGGAGAAGUAAUGACGAGAUGAAGAGAACUUGAAAAUACAUGUACGAGUAACCUAUAUAGAAGACGUCCC